AUGCUGCCUACAACUGCUGGCCACCGGUGGAGAAGCACAUUCCUCAUGAGGUGGCAAGAGGCUUGUCUGCUUGGCUGUUGGCUGUCGCUAUGUGCUGCCGAGUCCUUCUUUGCUUGUCCUUCCUCCUGCAAGUGUAACAGUGGCAACCUGGAAGUGGACUGUAGCGGCUUGGGCCUCUCUUCCAUUCCCUCAGACAUCCCCACAAACACCAGGACCUUCCUCUUUCUCAACAACAAACUCAGCAUCCUGCCGGGAGCAGUGUUCUCCAACCUCUCCGCCCUACAGAGGCUGGAUCUAUCCAACAACUUCUUGGAUCAGCUCCCUCAGAACAUCUUCAGUGACCUGGGGAACCUCACAGAGCUCCAGCUGAGGAACAACAGCAUCCGGGCCUUGGACAAGGACCUACUACAACACACGGCCCUGCUACGCCAGCUGGAUCUCUCCAUCAACGGCCUGGCCCAGAUACCCUCGGGCAUCUUUGACGACCUGCCUGCUCUCCGCUCCCUCUCUCUCAGGUCCAACCGCCUGCAGAGCCUGGACAGGGUGACCUUCGAACCGCUAACCAGCCUGCAGCAGCUCCAAGUUGGGGAUAACCCCUGGGAAUGUGACUGCAACCUCCGAGACUUCAAGCACUGGAUGGAGUGGUUCUCCUACCGAGGCGGGAAAAUCGACCAGCUGGCAUGUACCCUGCCCAAGGAGCUGAAAGGGAAGGAUAUGCGAAUGGUACCCAUGGAGAUGUUUAACUACUGCUCCCAGCUGGAUGAUGAGAACAGCUCUACAGUGCUGGACAAUACUGGCCCACCCUGCACUAAAGGAAGCCCAACUCCUUCCAAAUCUAAAUCGAGCCCAGAAACAGAAGUGGAGCCCAGUGUGGGAUGCCCUCAGAAACAGCGAUAUAGGCCUGUGAGCGUGCGCCGGGCUAUUGGCACUGUGAUCAUUGCAGGGGUGGUUUGCGGCAUUGUUUGCAUCAUGAUGGUGGUGGCAGCUGCUUACGGUUGCAUCUAUGCCUCCCUUAUGGCCAAGUACCACCGGGAGCUGAAGAAGAGGCAGCCACUCAUGGGUGACACAGAAGGUGAACAUGAAGAGCAAAAACAAAUCUCUUCUGUGGCAUGAAAGUGUUCUAGGAAGGAAGGGACAGCAAUGAACAAAGGUAUCUGAGAGCAGUCAAGCAUGGGGUCCUCCCAAAAUACAUCUUCCCAGACAGACAGACUGUGCUAUUGCUCCACUCACCCAAGUAGUGCAACUUGCUUCUGGGGGGCCGGGGCACCUGGCUCUAUUUCUGUUCCUCUGCCCCAGGCCCAUUUUGUGCCCUUUCACCCUUGGGCCCUCCCAACAAAUAAAGUAGAGUCAGACCUCGA